AUGGAAGUGCCGUUAGAGUCUGAGAAGAAAAAAUCUUCCGAAGCUGUGAAAACCGUUUCAAGUGGUUCGAUUUCUUCGAGAAAAAGAGUUGAGGCUCGGAACGUAACGGAUUCAGGUUCAGUUAGUUCGAGUUCAGUACCGAGAAGAAACAGUACUGGAGGGUUAGCACAACGGUCUUCGUCUUCGUUAUCGUUAUCAUCAGAUGGAAGAACUAAAACUACUGUUAGAGAUAAAACCAUUUCUUCUUCGGUUACUGAACCAGUGCGAAGAUCUCUCCCGGAGAUUCGUCGGAGUUCGAUUUCUGCUUUGCAUGCUGGCAAGCCGGUUGCCGCCGCCUCGCCGACGGGAACGAGGACACCGACCGUUUCUGGUUCGAGUUCUAGUAAGGCGGAAGUUGUUAAGAGGCCGUUAAGUAAGCCGGCGUUGCCGGUUUCUGCUUCUUCCUCCUCGUCGAGGAGAGUUGGUUCUUCGACUGUUGAUGCUAGUGGCGGUGGUUCUGUUAGGAAGAGUGUGACGAAGGUUUCGUCGCCGUCGAUGUCGGCACGGUCGCCGACUGUGUCCGGCGGGCUGAGACCGGGAUCUGUGUCGUCUUCUUCGGAGAGGAGUUCUGGUUUGUCUGGAAGGAGGAAAGUGGGGACUCCUGAUAGCCGGAAUUCACGGUUUAUUGUUCUUCCGCAGAUUGAGAUUAAGGCUAGUGAUGAUUUGAGACUGGAUCUUAGGGGACACAGAGUUCGCAGUCUCACUGCUGGUGGAUUAAACUUAUCCUCAAAUUUGGAGUUUCUCUAUCUCCGUGACAAUCUCUUGUCUACAUUGGAAGGAGUAGAAAUAUUGACAAGAGUGAAGGUUCUUGAUUUGAGUUUUAAUGAUUUUAAAGGGCAUGGGUUUGAGCCUCUUGAGAGUUGCAAAGCACUGCAGCAACUCUAUCUUGCUGGGAAUCAAAUCACAUCAUUGGCAAGUCUCCCACAACUUCCCAAUUUGGAGUUCCUCUCAGUAGCUCAAAAUAAGUUGAAAUCUCUCACUAUGGCAAGUCAACCUCGACUCCAGGUGUUAGCUGCCAGCAAAAACAGAAUUUCUACACUUACAGGUUUUCCGUAUUUACCAGUUCUUGAGCAUUUGCGAGUGGAGGAGAACCCUAUACUGAAGAUGCCUCAUUUGGAAGCAGCAUCAAUAUUACUUGUUGGGCCUACUUUAAAAAAAUAUAAUGAUAGAGAUCUUUCUCGCGAAGAAAUUGCAAUAGCAAGACGAUAUCCUGCACAUACCGCUUUGUGCAUUAGAGAUGGUUGGGAAUUUGGUCGCCCUGAGCAAGCUGCAGAGUCAACUUUCCGCUUUCUAGUUGAGAAAUGGAAGGAUCAUCUUCCACCUGGUUUUUUCCUCAAAGAAGCCUCAAUAGAUAAACCUUUGGAAGAAGAUGUGUGCCACAGUCACUUUACAUUUGUUCAUGAUGGUGCAAUGAGUACAGACCCACCGUUAGUCUUAAAAUAUCAAUGGUUUUGUGGUGAUGUAACACUUUCAAAUUUUGUCCGUAUUCCAGAGGCCACUAAUGAGUUUUACUUGCCAAAACACGCUGAGAUUGGAAAAGUUCUGAAAGUGGAAUGUAUUCCCACUUUAGGAGAGACAGAAUAUCCUUCUAUAUUUGCCAUCUCUUCCCGUGUUAAACCAGGGAGUGGAAUUCCAAAGGUUUUAAACCUUGAAGUCCACGGGGAACUGAUAGAAGGAAGUAUCAUCCGGGGUUGUGCUAAGGUUGCAUGGUGUGGUGGGACUCCAGGAAAAGGUGUUGCUAGUUGGCUGCGGAGAAAGUGGAACAGUAGUCCAGUGGUCAUUGUUGGGGCAGAAGAUGAUGAGUAUCUGCCCACCAUUGACGACGUUGAUUCAAGUUUAGUUUUCAUGUACACACCAGUAACAGAAGAAGGUGCCAAAGGAGAACCUCAAUAUAAAUAUACAGAUUUUGUAAGAGCAGCACCCCCUUCAGUCAGUAAUGUUAGAAUAGUUGGAGAUACUGUCGAAGGAAUCACCAUUAAAGGAACUGGUGAUUAUUUUGGUGGACGGGAGGGGCCUAGCAAGUUUGAGUGGCUACGAAAGAACAGGGAUACUGGAGAUUUUCUGUUAGUGUCUGCUGGUACAUCUGAUUAUACCUUGACCAAAGAAGAUGUUGGUUGUUGUCUGACUUUUAUAUACAUACCGAUUAAUUUUGAAGGUCAGGAAGGAAAAUCGUUGUCAGCGACAUCCUCUGUUGUAAAACAAGCUCCGCCAAAAGUAACAAAUGUCAAAAUAAUUGGUGAUCUACGAGAGAAUGGAAAAGUCACUGCAACUGGUACUGUAACUGGAGGAACUGAAGGAUCUAGUAGAGUUCAAUGGUACAAAACAUAUUUGCCAACUUUGGAUGAAAGCAAUCUUGAAGCAUUAAGUACUUCUAAAAUUGCUAAAGCAUUUCGGAUUCCUCUUGGAGCUGUUGGAUGUUACAUUGUUGCAAAAUAUACACCGAUGACUCCUGAUGGUGAUCCCGGGGAACCAACAUUUGUAAUAUCUGAUAGAGCAGUUGAGACACUUCCCCCAAGCUUAAAUUUCUUAUCAAUCAUUGGAGAUUACUGUGAGGAUGGAAUAUUGACGGCUUCAUAUGGAUAUGUUGGAGGUCAUGAAGGAAAAAGUAUAUACAAUUGGUAUUUUCACGAGGUUGAAGGUGAUUUUGGUUCUCAGAUACCCGGGGUUUCUGGACUUCUGCAGUAUCGCAUUACCAAAGAAGCUAUUGGAAAAUUCAUCUCAUUCCAGUGUACUCCUGUUCGGGAUGAUGGUGUUGUGGGUGACAAAAGAAUUUGCAUGGGCCAGGAACGCAUUCGGCCUGGAAGCCCAAGAUUGCUUUCUUUAUGCACAGUUGGAAAUGCAGUUGAAGGAACAACACUAAGAAUUGAAAAAACAUAUUGGGGCGGUGAAGAGGGAGAUUCAGUUUACCGCUGGCUUAGGACCAGUUCUGAGGGUGUCCAAAGUGAAAUUAUGGGAGCCACCACAGCAUCAUAUAUGCUCUCCAUUGAUGAUAUCGGUUUCUUUAUUUCUGUUUCUUGUGAGCCUGUCCGAAGUGAUUGGGCUCGCGGGCCCAUUGUUCUCUCUGAACAAAUUGGACCUAUAAUACCUGGUCCACCAACAUGUCAUACUUUGGAAAUUCUUGGAUCAAUGAUAGAAGGGCGGCGAUUGAAUUUCAAUGCUGUGUAUAGCGGAGGGGAGAGGGGAGAAUGCACCCACCAAUGGUUUAGGGUAAAAGACCAUGGUCUACGAGAGAAAAUAAAAACUCAAGCAGAUUUUUUGGAUUUGACUCUUGAUGAUGUUGGUGCCUACAUUGAGCUUGUCUUCACACCUGUGUGCAAAGAUGGAACUAAAGGCAACCCAAAGAAUGUGGUAUCUGAUAUGAUUUCUCCUGCGGAUCCUAAGGGAAUAGAGCUCACAAUUUCUGACUGUUGCGAAGACAGGCAGGUUACCCCAUCUAGGAUAUAUUUUGGUGGACAUGAAGGAGUUGGAGAAUAUAUUUGGUACAGGACAAAGAUUAAGCUUGAAGGAUCUGCACUACUAAAUAUAUCUAAUGCUUCUGACACUGAGAUAUGUGGGACAGAGCUAACGUAUAAACCAACUCUUAAAGAUGUUGGAUAUUUUUUGGCCUUGUAUUGGGUGCCAACUCGUGUGGACAGUACUUGUGGAGAGCCUUUGGUUGCAAUUUGCAACACCCCAGUUUCCCCUGCACCUCCAGUAGUUGCUAAUGUAUGCGUGAAAGAGUUGUCUUUGGGAAUUUACUCUGGUGAAGGUGAAUAUUUUGGUGGAUAUGAAGGAGAAAGCCUUCUUAGCUGGUAUAGAAAAGACAGUGAGGGGACUGUUGAGCUGAUUAAUGGAGCAAACUCUAGAACCUACAAAGUAACUGAUUCAGAUUACACUUUUCGUUUGUUGUUUGGAUAUACUCCAGUUCGUUCAGAUUCAGUUGUGGGUGAACUCAAGUUAUCUGAUCCAACUGACAUUGUUUUCCCAGAGCUUCCAUAUGCAGAAAUGCUUGCUCUGACCGGAAAGGCAGUUGAAGGUGACUUACUUACAGCUGUUGAAGUGAUUCCUAAUAGUGAGAUGCAGCAACAUGUUUGGAGCAAGUACAAGAAAGAUAUAAGAUACCAAUGGUUUUGUUCAUCAGAAGUGGGAGACAGUUUUUCAUAUGAGCCAUUACCCAAUAAAAGUUCUUGCUCAUAUAGGGUGCGGUUUGAGGAUAUUGGCCGUUGUUUAAAAUGUGAAUGUGUUGUAACUGAUGUGUUUGGACGGUCGGGUGAGGUGGUAUACAUUGAGACUAGUCCUGUAUUGCCAGGGAUUCCUAGAAUACACAAGCUGGAGAUUGAGGGAAGGGGAUUCCAUACCAAUCUCUAUGCUGUCUGUGGCAUUUAUAGUGGUGGGAAGGAAGGCAAAAGCCGAGUCCAGUGGCUUAGAUCAAUGGUUGGAAGUCCCGAUCUGAUCUCCAUACCAGGAGAAACGGACAGAAUGUAUGAAGCAAACGUUGAUGAUGUUGGGUAUAGGUUGGUGGCCAUCUACACUCCUGUCAGAGAGGAUGGUGUAGAGGGCCAAUCAGUUUCUGUAUCCACAGAUCCAAUUGCAGUUGAGCCUGAUGUUCUUAAAGAAGUGAAGCAGAACCUUGAUCUGGGAUCAGUGAAAUUUGAGGUAUUGUGUGACAAAGACCAAACCUCGAAAAAGGUUUCAUUAGGGGGCACAUAUGAAAGACGAGUUCUUGAGAUUAACAGGAAAAGGGUGAAGGUGGUAAAGCCUGCCACCAAGACUUCUUUUCCAACAACAGAAAUUCGUGGUAGUUAUGCCCCUCCCUUUCAUGUGGAGCUUUUCAGGAAUGAUCAACACCGUCUAAAAAUUGUAGUGGACAGUGAGAAUGAAGCUGACUUGAUGGUGCAGUCCCGGCACAUUCGGGAUGUUAUUGUUCUUGUGAUUAGAGGACUUGCUCAACGAUUCAACAGCACUUCCCUCAAUUCUCUUCUCAAGAUAGAGACAUGA